AUGGCUUCAAAUUCGUCCCUCUAUGAACAGAUCUUAACGGAGAUACGGACUCCUCUUGAAAAGGCAGUGAACGAUGCACUGUCUUCGUCGCAAGCGAGUGGCGGCACAUCUCGCAUACGUCUUGAGGCUUGCCUCGACUAUGCACACAGUGGCAUUCCACAGAGUGCACAAAGGGAGACACAAAGAGUUACGCUGGCGACUAUUGAACUGCCCUCACUUUCAAGAGGACCUGAUAGUGGAGAAGGAGCAGGAAAUGCUGGACGCCAACAGUCGAAUUGUAACGAACAGAACCCCCAGCUUCCAGGCGGCGUUUCCGAUGAUGGCUCUCCGGAACGUAGCGCUCGCCACCUCAAACGCCGAAGAAUGGUCGGCGGUCUGAGGUUGGCCAAGUCUGCGCCUACUACCCGAGAUUCCUCGCUCGACAAGGGUUCAUCACGCCGCCUGACGAGCAACGUUCGCCAAUUUUCGAAGCGAAAUGUGCAAGCCAUCACGCCCCAGCAGGAGCACACUCCGUUCGAACGACUUGUCGUCGGGUCGUCAACAUCUGUAGGAGUUACCUUCCCAUUAGCCAUCGGUGGAGAUGUUGCUUUUCAGACCAUGAAUCACUGUUGUCGCCAAAUCACACAAGUAAGCCGUUGCUGCAGAUCGCUCGAAGUCAUUGUACAGGCUCGAUGGAUACAAUGCUACGACGAGCAAGUGCAAAAGCUUAUGGCGGAAAAUCCCAACCAAUCAAUUUCCAAGGCUCGCAUGCACGCUCUUGCAGCCGCAAGCAAGGACUUUGGAUGGACUCAGAAGGAGCUGCGGAAUAAAAUAGCUAUUUGGCGCGGCUACGACAUUAUUCGAGAAGCCGGAGGUUGGGUUUCUCUGAUCUUUGCCGGCAUGGGCCUCUAUCGUUUUUGCAAGUAUCGUCUAGGAUUCUGCCCUAAAAACAUGACAAUCCUGAAGAGACUCCGUUUGCGAUUCGAAGUCGCUGCCGAUACUAUUCACCCGGAAUGGCGUCAAAUGCUAUCCGUUGUUGGAGAACAAACAACUUGCACAUAUUUUGGACAUCCCUGCGACUGGGUCGUUGGAAAAGACGAUCCGCCUAUCCCACUGGCCGAUACCUAUCUACAGUGGACAUCGGACUUCAAUUUCGAGCACUUGGAGGAUAGCAUCAUAGAUGAGCAGGCCUGGGGCUCAAUCGAUCCACGCACGGAAACUCAAAAAUUCCAACAUACGUUACCAAAACGGUUUUCUUGCGCGAAAUGCAGUUCGAUACAGUCUAAUGACCCCAGUACGAAUGAAUGCGACUGCUUUCCCACUCUUUUUGGAAGCGGUUCACGCCAACCAUGUCCAGUUCAAAUCUUUCGCACUGACAAUGGAAGAAACAAUGGUCUACUUGCCUGCUGUCCAUUCGAUCGCGGGACGGCGAUCGGCGAGUUUGUCGGUGUUAUUACAAAAGGCCUACGAGAUCUCGACGUUAUGCAAAUGUCUGGGCCAGCGGGUAUAUACCAGAUCUGGCAAGGCCGUCAAGGGAACUACACCCGCUUUGUGAACCACUCCUGCCAGCCGAACUCGCAGUACGAACGGUUCGUAUGGCUUGGUGUGCAGCGGGUCGUGCUGGUGUCCAAAGGCAUCUCCGCCGGCGAGGAGAUUACGGUUGACUACUCCGAUGAUUAUUGGAGUUACUUGGACAAGGAAUGUUUAUGUGGUGAGAAUUGCUGCCGAUUCAAAAAGAAGAGAGCGAGUUGA